AUGUUGGCUAUUGAAAGCAACGAAGAAGAAGUGAGUUUUUUACAAGACAAAAAUAUCUGUGUAAUUUUUUUCCAGCAAACCGACACUUCCAAAAUUCCAAAAAAUGUUCCAAAACUUCCAAAUUCUGUGUAUAAAAUUUUAGCAAACCUGGAUUUAAUGGAUCAAUCGUUUACAAAUUUGCGAUUCUCCACCUACAAUCCUAUAAAAUUUCCGAGUUUGGAAGAAUUAUUGGAUGAACCGAAACGCAUAAAUAUUAAAUAUCAGGUGAGUUACAAAAAGAACAGUAAUCCUAUUUUUAGGCUUGAAUUCGACGAAUCAAAAAAGGUGAAUUAUAGUAACCCAAUUUGCAGGCAGCUUCUGGUUGGCCACUGUCUGUCGAAAAAUUCCAAGAAAAGCAAGCCGAGUUACACGAAAUCCACCUAAAAAUCAAAGCUGGAAUAUUGAAUUUCCCAAAAGGUGGAAAUUUAGAGGUUCAUGAAAUUAAUACGUGAGUUUUUUGACGUGGCAACUUUUUUGAAAAAAAAAAUUUUUUUUUCAGAAAACACUGGCUACCUUUUGACAUCCUUAUAGCUGUAGAAUACUUGAAAACUCUUGAUUUCUUUCAAUUUCUCAAUUUUCGUGAUAGAUUGGUUCUGGCAAAAGAGGUCACUGUUGUCGUAAAAACUUUAACCACAUCUUUUGCGUCUUAUCAGAGAAAUGUGGAUUGUAUUGUGACUCCUGAUGGAUGUUAUGCUGAUGCGAAAAGUAUGACUAUUAUUACUCAAAUUCUCACCGGAGGAAAAAUGUAAGAUCAAUAGGAUUUGGUGAAAUUUUGAGCGAAAAAAUAAUAAUAAUAAUAAUUUUCAGGAAAAAUGACGCGAUUCUUCUCAAUCAGAAAACGAUGAAAGCAGUCAUGGGUUGUCUAAUCCGCUUCAAAAUCACCUACAACGAAUACAUUCUUCUCAAAGCAAUUGCAGCCUGUAAUCCAACUUUUGAACUGUCUGAAAAUGCUCGAAAAAUUGUGCAAAAAGAGCGCGAAAGAUAUGCGAAUGCGUUGUUCAAAUUGUGUCGAUCGAAAAAUCAUGCGCCUAGUCGAUUUAUGGAACUUUUGAGCUUUUUGAAUACGGCGAUUUGUCAGCAACAAGCAUUUCAACGAUUUAUGAGGACUUUUAUACGCGGGAAUUUGGAAUAUUUGUAUUUUGAAUCGAAUCGAAAAUUGGAGGACUCGUUUUUGUGUGAAAAUUGA